UCAAUCUUCUUUCUGGGUUUGUUUAGUUCAAUAUUUCUUCUCAUUCUUGUUAAUUUUCUUACAAAUUCGAGGGCCAGUAAUUAAUCUGUUCUCCUGGGAUUUCAAAGCUGAUAAACGAAGCACACACGACAUUCAAGAACAUAGAAGUUGGCAAGAAUUAAUGAGAUUGGAGCUUCACUCUCUUUGUCACCAAGGAUAAACAAAAAAACCUGACCAAGAACAUGGACAAGAAGAUCAGUACAGCACUCGUGGUGGAUGAUAACACCGUCAACCAAAGGAUUCACCGCAAACUUCUGGACAAUCUUGGGAUACAAAGCGAGACAGUUGCCAAUGGAAAAGAGGCUGUCGAUGUUCAUAUCUCCGGCAAGAAUUUCGACCUCAUUCUGAUGGACUUGGAGAUGCCUAUCAUGAACGGUAUUGAGGCAACAAGGAAGCUUCGGGAGAUGGGGAUUCGUAGCAUGAUUGCGGGCGUGUCGACAAGAUCAUUGGAAGAAGAAAAGCAAGAAUUCAUGAAAGCUGGAUUGGAUGACUUCCAGGAGAAACCCUUGACGGUUGCUAAGCUUGUAUCCAUUCUUCAUAAGUUGAACAGGAAGUAAAUGAGAUUGAUUCUCGGAAUUUUUUUCAUUUUGAAAUACAAGAAUAUAUUGUACCUGAUCAGGAAAUUGUAAUAUGAAAGAAUUGCGUCCUACUGAUCUGAAAUUCAGAAAGUAGCUAGUAAAUAGCAAGCAAGAGA